GAUUCUGUGGUUAAUGUCAAAAUACGUGUGAAAAAAGAGCUAACCUAUAAAUAUUAAUGUAAACAAUUAAAAAAAUAGCAAUACUUAUUAUUUAGAAAUUGCAGAAUGGUGUCUGAGCCAGAGAAGGAACAUGUCUUAUCUAAAAGAUUAAAUAAAAUUCUAGAAUCGCAAAUCGAAAAUGACGACGAAACAAUCGAAGCACUUCGAGAAUUAUCCACCUUCUAUACGGAGAAUUCUCUCCAAGCUCGAAGAAACUUACGCAGCCAAAUAGAAAAACGAAGCUUGGAUAUUAACCAGAGCUUUUUAUCUGCUUUUAAAGAAGUUAAAGAUAGCUUCGAUUUUGUCUAUAAUGAUAUUGCUGAAAUGAACAAAUGCAUUCAGGAUAUGACACACAGACUACACAAUGCCAAAAGCCAAACAAAACAAUUACUGCAGAAAACUAGUGCAUUACAGAAAGAGAAAGAACAAAACUUAAUGAAACAAAAGGUAUCAUCAGCAAUUAUAAAAACAUUUCAGUUAAGUCGUGAAGAAAUUAUAGCCCUUCAUGCAGAUAAAAAUAAAAGUGAAACACCUCUUACCUUUGAUACUUUCAAAGCAUUAGAGCACGUUCAGGAGAUCCACAAUAACUGUAAAAUCUUGAUGCAGGCAGGUUUACAAACUUUAGCUCUGGACAUCAUGGAACAAAUGACUUUACACCAAGAAGGUGCAUUAGAGGUUUUAUACAAAUGGACUCAGAGCCAUUGUCGAAAUGUAGAUAAUCCAGAGUUGAGUGACUUAAUAGUUCAUGCUAUGGCCAAAUUACAAGAGAGACCAGUUUUUUUCAAGUAUGUCAUUGAUGAAUACUGUAUUUGCCGAAGAAGUUUCUUGGUAGGAGAAUUUAUUAAUGCUUUAACUAGGGGUGGUCCAUCUGGAAAUCCUGCCCCAAUAGAAAUGAAGGCCCAUGAUGCCCAAAUUUACGUUACUGAUAUGUUAGUCUGGAUAAACAAGGCUGUACCAAUAGAAAAACAAAACUUACAUGUUCUUGUAAAAUUAUGCAGUUUUGAAGGAUUAGACGAUAUGCUAAACAAAGCUUUGGCAAAUAUAUGUGAAGACAUUUGCCAACCUUUAAAAAUAAGAAUUGAUAAAAUUUUAAAUGUGCCUAAUUCACCCUCAGUACUUUAUGCAGUAUUAAAUAUGUUAAGAUAUUACAAGAAAUGUAUUUUGAAAGUGAUAACAGGUGGUCAGCUUGCAGAAACAUUAAAAGAGUUAGAAGAAAAGAGUGAAUUAAAGUUUUUGAACUCUUUAACAGAUCAAGUAAACAGUCUUUUAGUAAGAGUAGAAGCUCCCCCAAGAGAUUUAAGCCCUACAUCAUCGAUUUCAAAUUUAUUAUCCAUCUUAAGAGAUAUGUUAUCUACAGCUAGUAUGAGUGAAGGACGUGAAGUUGACAUGGUAAAAAUAGCAAACACUGUUUUGGAACCUUUGUUAAGAGCGGUAAAUGAGCAAGCUUCAAGAUUACCUCCAACCGAUAUGGCUGUUUACUUAUUGAAUUGUAUGUAUUCAAUGUAUACUUGUCUCACUAUGUAUGAGUUUAUGGAAGGUAGACUUGAAAGAUUACAGGCACAAUCAGAUGCUCAAAUUGACACUUUAACAUCAGAACAAGCUAGUUCCUUGGUAGCAAAUUUGAAUUUGGGUCCUAUUUAUACAAUUUUACAAGAUCACAGUCAAGGACCAUUGUCAGGAAUUCCAGGGAUGGAACCAUCUAAUUUAAAAAGCUUUCUGUCUAAGUUAGAUCACUUAUCAACUCACCCAGAUUCAAUAUUAUUACCACAAAUAAACCUACUUUUAUCAUCUAAACAUAAAAAAUCAGUUCAAAAAAGAUCCUUUGAUGUGUUAUUAGCUAUUUACAAACAACUAUACGAAGCAGUACAUAAUCCAGUAAAUCAAUAUGAAGCUCCAGACAGUAUUUUGAGUAAAACUCCUGAAGAACUGAAUGCAAUGUUCUCCUAAAAUAAUAACAUGAAAAGUUUUACUUGUACAUUUAUUUUAUUUAAGUAUAAACACUACAAUGUGUCUAAAUAGUUAAUAUAAGCUGUAAAAGUCUUUAAUAAAAAUUUUAUAUAC